CAACCGGAAAUGCUCGACUUUAUUGUGGCACGCUCCUUCCUCCCCUCCCUUCCUUGCUAGCAAGUCGAGUUAGCUAGUUAGCGAGACAAGCUCUUUAAUCCCUUGUAGUGUUAUUAUUAUGAAUUGAUUGGUUCGCGUAUCGUUAAUUAAUUUUAUUUCCGUCUCCACAGUCCAGAUAACACGCCAGCUAACAAAAUGAACAUACGAAACGCGAGGCCGGAAGACCUUAUGAACAUGCAGCACUGCAACCUGCUGUGUCUUCCAGAAAAUUACCAGAUGAAAUACUAUUUCUAUCACGGAUUGUCCUGGCCUCAGCUCUCAUACAUUGCAGAGGACGAAAAUGGCAAAAUUGUGGGAUAUGUGCUUGCAAAGAUGGAGGAGGACCCUGAUGAUGUACCCCAUGGACACAUCACAUCUCUGGCUGUGAAACGCUCCCACAGGCGUCUUGGCCUGGCUCAGAAGCUGAUGGAUCAGGCCAGCCGGGCCAUGAUAGAAAACUUCAACGCUAAAUAUGUCUCACUUCAUGUUCGCAAAAGCAACCGAGCAGCCUUGCAUCUGUACUCAAACACACUCAAGUUCCAGAUUAGUGAGGUAGAGCCCAAAUACUAUGCAGAUGGGGAGGAUGCCUACGCCAUGAAGAGAGACCUGGCCAUCAUGGCUGAUGAGCUUAGGAAGCCCGGAGUGCGUGUGGCGGGUCAGGAGGCUCCGUCUGGCCAGAGCCCGUCGGGGUCCGGUGACCAGGAGAGAGAGAACGAGAGAGACAGCGGAGGAGAGAGCAAAGAGCUGAGUGAAGUCAGCGAAGCGACAGAAAGCACAGACGUUAAAGAUUCUUCUUCUGAUUCACAAUGACGCUGCAGUCCUAGACAUUUUUAAAUUCAUCCCUUGCUUCCUCCUUUUUAUCCCUAUUUGACAAUAUCUCUGGCUUUACAAACUGACUAUCUGUGCGUCAAAGCCUUUCCCACAUUUCGGUCACUGUGUUUUCUUAAAGCUUGCUUUCCACUGCAGUGAUGAACAAAAAGUUUUGAAUAAUGACAUGAAUCAGGGUGUUACUUAAAUGAAACUAAAAUUAAUAACUGGUCUCAAUGUUUUUUAUUGGAUUGCUGUUGUCAUUACCAAAAGUCGCCCAAAGUUCUGUAAGAUUUAGAGAAUUUAAAACAAUUUGUGCUUUUCAAGUUGUCGCAAUCUGGUCUCCUAAUUAUUUACAGAAUUACUGCAAAUAAAUCUUUAAAAUAAUACUUUUCCCUAUCACGCUUAUUUCAAUAAUUGAUCGUAAAAGCAGCUUAGUUGUUUACUUCCAAGUGUCAUUAAAAUUCUUUGAAGUGGUUCAAUAAAA